UCCAAGUGGGUGUUGAUUUGUCAAGAAUAAACCGUACAGCAACAUUGUAACUUUAAUUGUGAAUAAAUAUAUCGAUAAUUGUUGCGUUCGCUGGAAAAACUGCAGUAAUGCCGGGAAUAGAGAAAUUACCGAUAGAAGAGACUCUGGAAGACAGUCCGCAGACGCGCUCUCUUCUCGGUGUGUUUGAGGAAGAUGCAGAAGCGAUAUCUGGGUAUUUUAGUAAGCUCUUUAAAGCCAUGCAGAGAAUUUAUGACGCCCAGAAUGAAUUGAGCGCCGCCACUCAUUUAACCUCUAAGUUACUGAAGGACUAUGAGAACCAGCGUUUUCCUCUAGGGGGCGAUGAUGAGGUCAUGAGCUCAACUCUGCAGCAAUUUGCCAAAGUCAUUGACGAGCUCAGCUCCUGCCACGCUGUUCUAUCCACACAGCUCGCAGAUGCCAUGAUGUUCCCCAUAACGCAGUUUAAAGAGAGAGACUUGAAAGAAAUUCUCACCCUGAAGGAAGUAUUUCAGAUUGCAAGUGAGGAUCAUGACGUGGCCAUCAACAGAUACAGUCGUCUGUCUAAACGGAAGGAAAAUGAGAAGGUAAAGACUGAAGUGAUGGAAGAUGUUUACACCUCCAGGAAAAAACAACACCAGACCAUGAUGCACUACUUCACUUCCCUGAACACACUCCAGUAUAAGAAGAAGAUUGCACUGUUGGAGCCGUUACUUGGAUACAUGCAGGCACAGAUCAGUUUUUUCAAACUGGGAUCAGAGAAUUUGACGCAGCAAUGGGAAGAUUUUCUCACUAACAUUGGAACCAGCGUACAGAACGUUCGCAGAGAAAUGGACAGUGAAGUGGAAACCAUGCAGCAAACCAUUCUAGACAUGGAGCAAGUCAGUGAUCCGCUAUACUUGCCCGACCCUGACCCGAACCAAAUCCCUGUCAACCGCAACUUGACCCGCAAGGCCGCCUACCUCAACACUCGCAAUAAAACAGGUCUGGUGUCGACUUCCUGGGAUCGUCUGUACUUUUUCACGCAGGGUGGAAAUCUCAUGAGUCAAUCGCGUGGUGACGUGGCCGGUGGUCUCGUUAUGGACAUCGAUAACUGCUCCGUCAUGGCGGUGGACUGCGAAGAUCGACGAUUCUGCUUUCAAAUCACGUCGUUUGAUGGCAAGAAGGUGGUGAUAUUACAGGCAGAGAGCAGGAAAGACUGUGAUGAGUGGAUUGCAACAAUAAACAACAUCUCCAAGAGGAUUUACCUCAGCGAGAACCCUGAAGAAAUCGCAGCCAGAGUGAAUCAGUCGGCUCUAGAAGCCGUGACACCUUCACCCUCCUUUCAACAGCGACAUGAGAGUUUUAGACCAAACAUGCAAGGUCGACCCAAAACAUCGCAAUCAGGCAGUCAGUGUUCCGUGGGAUCAGAGUCUCCAGUGCUCUCUUCCCUCUCUCUUGAUUCGCUGGUGGCCCUGGACACGCCCAUCCAGUUUGACAUCAUCUUACCUGUCAGUGAGGAACAUGCGAGUCAGACGAAGAGAGCCGGUCAGGGCAGAAGGACCAACCCGUUUGGAGAGUCUGGAGGGUCUCAAUCUGAAGAAAGUGAAGACUCAAUCCUACAUCAGCUCUUCAUCGUGCGGUUUUUGGGCUCGAUGGAGGUGAAGACCACAGAGAACACUGAUGUCAUCUACGAGACCAUGAGGCAGAUCCUGGCAGCUCGAGCCAUCCAUAACAUCUUCAGAAUGACUGAGUCUCAUCUGCUCGUCACCUGUGAAUGCCUCAAGCUUAUUGACCCACAAACACAAGUCACAAGACUACAGUUUGCUGUCUCUAGUGUUGUGCAAUGUGCAUCUCACCAAGAGAACAAACGUUUGUUUGGUUUCGUGCUGCAGACAGCUGGACGUCGAGUCGAUGGUCACCCUGUUACCAUCUGCUAUGUCUUUGAGUCAAACAAUGAUGGAGAGAAGAUCUGUGACAGUGUUGGCUUGGCAAAGCAGAUCGCCCUUCACUCUGAGAUGGACCGCAAAGCCACACAAAAACAGAGAGAGAUGGACAAAGCCAAGGAGAAACAACAGGAGGAACUACAUAAACAGAAACAAAUAGAAAAGGAUCUUGAGGAGCAAAGCCGUUUAAUAGCUGCCUCGAGCCGGCCCAACCCACCCACUGCUGACGGACAGUUCUUAGUCCUUAGCAACAGCCAAUCAGAGGACAGCGAUGUAGGGGAGGAGGGGCAGAAAAAGGGCGAAUCUGAGGCCUGACAGUCCAGUGUGACAAAAGUCCUGCGCUUUAGUUCUUCAAGGGUUCUUCACUGUUGCCUGCAGGAUCAAAGAACACAACCUGACAUUAAAUGAAUAGAAAAAAUGAAUUGAAACAUACAUGAACAUUCUGGGAAAACCUCCCGAAAGUUGUGUUAUUUGUAAGAAUCCUGUAUUUUAUACAAUUUCCGUUAUUGAAUUUACAUUUAAAGGGUUUUUAUACAUGUAUGUGUGAAAAUGAAUCCACUAUAAGGACAUACUAAGACCUAAAGAGACUUAAGGUGACAUUUGUUGCCUUAUUUUGAUGACAUUGCACGUGUGAAUAACAGAUUUGUUAUUAAUACAGUACAUCAUUCUUCAUAAUCAGUUCCGGUUGUGGUUUAAGACCGCAUGUGUUUUCGUUCACAUCAUUUUAAUGGUGAAUUGUAUUUGGGUGAAUCUUAUGGAACCUGUCAAGAACAUGUCUAUGUCAUAUUUCAUCCUGAAAUCAAAAGAAACAAAUUAUAUUUUACUUUAGAAAAUUUGCAUUGUGAAAUAAUUUUCAUGUCAAUUAAGCAAAUUUUCUCCUCCUACAAUUCUCAUUACCAUUGUGCAUUCAGAUGUUUUACUUUUAAGUUUAUUUGUUAUUGUAAUUAUUAUCAAUUUUACUAUCAGUGAUGAUUUUCAUUACUGUAAUACAGUAAAAUCACCACUACGAUGUAUCAAUUUUUUACCAUUUAAAUAAGAUAAUAAUAAUAUUUUUUUUCGCAUUACACAAAUGAAAACUGUUGGGGAUUAGAUUCACAUAUCAAUGCAAAAUAUAUUUUCCUUUUGGUUUUGGGAAAUUAUUGAUAGGUUUCGUGAGAUAUUACGUAGGGUUUUGAAAUGACUGUGUAUGGUUAAAUUUUGUUGUUGCAGUUACGGUUAUGCGGUUCAGUUUUAUUCAUUUAAUAACCAGUCGCAAAUAAUAUUUCAUAAUAAGAAUUUAAAACACUAAGACAAAUUGUUGAUUUCAUGCCUAAUAUCAUACAAUCAUAUGACUUUAAACACUAAAUGUACUGUAAUUUUUGUUUAGUUUUCCUUUUCAUAACCCAUUUACACUCACUGAGCACAUUAUUACGAACACUAUGUUCCUAACAAAGUGUCCGACGUGGACUUCUGCUGUUGUAGCACUUUUGCCUCAAGGUUCGACACGUUGUGCAUUCUGAGAUGCUAUUCUGCUCACUGCAAUUGUACAGAGUGGUUACCUGAGUUACCAUUGCCUUUCUGUCAGCUCAAACCAGUCUGGCCACCUAAAAUCACAUAUUUUCCCCAUUCUGAUGGUUGAUGUGAACAUUAACUGAAGCUCCUGACCUGUAUCUGCACGAUUUUAUGCACUGCUGCCACACGAUUGGCUGAUUAGAUAAUCGCAUGAAUAAGUAAGUGUACAGGUGUUCCUUAUAAAGUGUUCAGUGAGUGUUAUUGACGACUGCCACGUGUGCUUUCUACAAUGUCCAUUCAUGAUUUGGGGUUAAAUGAUUAUGGUAUUAAAAAUUGGUUUUAAAUGAGUUGGUCCUCCUUUAUGUGGUAGUCUAGCAGAAAUAUCAGAGCAUACAUAUGCUAAAUAAUCUUUACAAUACAUUUUUUUUGUUAAAGACUUGACACACUGUUUGUCUUGUAUAUACAGUACAUAUCCAAACGUCGGAGACCUUUAGUGAAAAUGUUUCUGUUUGCAUAUUUCUAAAACAAUUGUUUUAAGUACAAAUUAUAUUAACAGCAAUUCAAUUAAAGUUGCAUAAAAAUAAUUGAUUAAUUGCUCUUCAUUUAACUUCAUAACAUUAAACAUAUUACAAAAUCAUAUAACAUUUUAUUUCCAGGUUUAAAUGAAAGAAAAACUAGAUUUUCAAUGUGGAUAUACAGACCUGCACAGUUUUUCUA